UUUGGUCAGGACAUGUCCACUCAAUUCCUGUGAUGUUGGGACAGAACCUAAAAGAGAAUCACAGGAUAAAGUUUGAGCUGGUGGUAGAGCAAGUAAACAUAACAUGUACUGAUAUCAACAAAACAAGCGACAUCAAUAACAUAUGCCUUCAACUUUUUUACCAUGGAUCAUCUGGAAAAGAAGCAAUCGAAACGGAGUGCAUCACUAGCAGUAAACGUGUUAGUUUAACUGGAUUGCAGUACGUCCUUACCUGGAAACAUCAUCAAAUUCUUAAAUUUUCCGUCACCCUCUCAAAGCGAAAAGUUCCCCUAUUCUUAAAACUAGGAACCUACGAUAAAGCAAAGAAGCCACCAGAGUUGUUCCUCUCUCAAGUUGAUCCCUACAGAAAUAACCCUGAAAAGUUGGGAUCAGCAAAGCUCGACCUUCAUGAGCAUGCAAACAAAAAAGUUACUGGUCAAACCUACGAACAUGAUGACAAAAUUUCUAUCAACCUCCGUAACAACAAGAAGAUAUUAUCAUGCGAAUUGAUGGUAAAAUACCGAAUACCGGACACGGAUCCUAGUGUAAUAGAUACUUCCUCAAUACACUCAUCAGUAAUGACACCUUCUGUUAGUAUCGAGACUAUCAACUCACUUGACACCAGGGCAUUUUCUCACAGAACACUGGAGACACCUAUUUACAAGCUGCUGAACGAGAUACAUCUGAUAGGGCUGGAUGGAAACCUGUACUCGGCAGAGUGGAGCAAGAUGAGACUCAUCUUCUUCGUGUUCGGUACCAUGCCGGAUUUUAUGAGGAACUUGAAAGAUCUUAUUCAAACGCUACAAGCAGACCGGACGAUAGGCCUGUACGUGGAAGUAGUGCACAUCUGUCAGGGAGAGCUCUCUGAACGUGACGUGAGGUACCCCUACCUGCCCCGCAGCGACUAUCAGAACCCCACCUUCCACCACAUCUUCAAUAUACAGGAACCACAUCCUGAUCACCCCAAGAUAUGUGUCGUCAACGAGAAGAUGACGGAGUAUUACGUGGUGGAAGCGUAUCAGAUAGAGAAGUACGUGGAGGAGAGGAACCCUCUGGAACUGUACUAUUUGUGGAACAAUAAGAAACCCCCGCUGGAUCUUAAACCUCAGCGGUCGGUAUCUCUCCACGACGACAUACCAAGACAGCAACAUAGAAUGGUUCCUAAGAGCAACAGUCUGGUUAACAUCCACGGGAACCACAACAACCACUACCGAUCUAGUUCAUACGACGGCAGUUCACCCUCCUCAAGAUCCUCCAUUAAGGCUGUGAAAGUAACAGAGAGCCUAGAAUACAAGACUCUAGAAGCGGAGCUGUCCUCUACUACAGACUCUCUAAACCAGUUGAGGGAGACUCUUCAGAGUAUCCAGAUGGAGAUGACAAGUAAACAGCAGCAUAAUACCCUCCUCAAGAGCGAGCUUGAGAGGAUACGUAUGAUGGAACACGAAUCUCAGAAGGUGCUGGAAAAGUGCCAAAAAGAGAACAUAUUCUUCAGGCAUCAAGUCAUGUUACGAGGAAACCUCGCCCUGCGAUCUGGCACCUUCAACUUGUUCAAGACGAGGUGGUUCCAGCUGGAAAGUAUGAGCUCCCACACAAUAAGUCCCGUUAUUUCCUUCUACAGUGGACCUGACCGUCUGGGGCAGAUCGUGCUGGCCGAGGUGGUCACGUACGAGGUCGUGACGGACACUCAGUUCAGGUUGUCCACGAGAUUCGCAACAUACGUGCUGAAUGCAGAGAACGGCGACGAAGCUCAAAAGUGGCUCUCGGGGAUAGAAAACCUGAAACACACUUUUUUAUCCGACUUCAGUAACGGAGAUGGUUGAGAGGUUAAAUUUUUAGUUGUAAGUUUUAUAGAUCAAUAUUAAAUUACUGGACAUUCGUCAAACAGUUGAUUUUAUUUCAGAAUUUGUUUGCAGUCUAUUUCUGCACGAUUUCAUAACAACAUGUCAGACCAUAGUUAUUUUAUCGCUGAACUUGCUACUUAAUAAUCGUUUAUACUGUAUGUAAGCUUUUUAGUUUUAAUUUCAGACUAAGUUAUACAUAGAUUAGACUAACUUGGGAAUAGAAUUUGAAAUUUUCACGAUUUCUAAUAAUAUCAAUUAAUUAAUCAAUGUACUCAUGUUUUCGUCAUAUUAAAUAGUAACAUUGCAUUUUGCAUUAUGAUCUUGACUUCAGCUAUGCUGAGCAGAUGAUGUCUGUCGGUUUGUACUAUCGGUUUGUCUGUCGGUUUGUGCGUUGAUGUUCCAUAAAGAUACAGAAAAUGUUACCUCAUGUACAGCAUUUCAUUUCACAAUUUAAAUUAAAGCAAUUUUACACGCAGUAACUGUAUUAUAAUCACACUAAUAACUUUUAAAAUGUAAAUGGACUUUAAAUAUAUUAUAUAAGUACACAUCAUAUUGUUUUCAAAAUUCAUUCCAUAAAUUUGCAAUUACAAUUAUUUACAUGCAUGGCAUCCGAAGCAUGGUAUUUUAAUUAUGUUAAUACUUAUUACUGAAUUUAUAGAAUAUUGAUAUUUAUUAAUUUUCAGAUAGCGUAUUUGCAGAAAUUAACAGUUGUUAUUGUUUUAAUCUCUAGCUCUUUCAAUUAGGGUAAUCGAUAAUUUGAGUUAAAAUUCGUUGAGAUAACGACAUAUAUCUGGGAAUUAUUUAGAACUGGCCGGGAUUUGAACUGUUAACAUUAUAGAAUUUUAGCGGGGCAGUCCUACUCAUAGAUGAACAAUUAAAACCAUAAUUAAAUAUACGGCUAUAUUUGAGGUAUGACCGCGGAAAAUACCAUUUACUAUUUCCGACAUAUUAACCCUAGGUUUAUAUCGCCAUUUUACUGAUUCGUUUAAGAUAAAUUUAAUUUUAAUUGAUUAAAAAGGUAAAGGAUUAAGGAAGUUCCUGGGGUUUUCAUUAUUUUUCAAAGUCAGAAACUGAUGGUUUCAUAAUCUUGUGUCGAUGGUUUUUACUUAUAAAUUGUUAACGAAUAAAUAAAUUUCGAGCACUAUACUGUAAGGAAUACUUAUAAUUUUAAUUUUUAACAUAUUAAUGCAUACUUAAAAUUAAUUUGAAUACUUUAUAUUUUAAUCACUAUCAUUUCAGAGGACUUCAUCUUUUUUGAUUAAUGUAAUUCAGUUUAAUUCAUCUAAACGGGCAACACUUAUUGACAUUAAUCACAACUUAUGUUUGAUAUAAGUUUAAACUAAUCACUAUUUAAUUCAGUUCACUAUAUUUUAAUGCAGUUAAUCACUCAAUUUACCAGUUUAAUAAUAUUUAUGUUACAUAUGAUUUAAAAUAUUUGAUUUCCGAUAACUAUACAUAUUACAAUUAAUAGAAUGAUUAUUUGAUAACAAUAAAUUGAUUUUAACGGAAAAUGAAAUUCCACCAUGCAAUUUAAUUUGAUUUGUUAUUAUAGAUGUGUUACCGUACAGUUAUAUUUUGCCUAAA